CUGAGCGGAAAGCUACACCCAACAAUGACUAUGUUCGCAGUCGCCAUCUUCGGGAUCGCCGUCCUGUUCUGUUCGUCAGUCGGCGCUGCUCCAAGCCCCUUAAAGAACUCCCAAUCCGAACGGGACGGAGAAGGUGGUUCAGGCGGCGGUGGCAUCUUCCCGGGCCUGGACCAGUUGGUCAGCAUGCUCCCGGGCGGCACCCUACCCGGAGGCGUGACAUUGCCGGACUUAGCAGCGGCCAUCUCAGCAGUCAGCGGUGCAGCUACGCUCCCUCCCGCGCUACCAACCAACCUCCCUCCCGUGUUUCCCACCGGAUUCCCAACAAACAUCAACGACGUAAUCAACGCGAUCCCUGGCGUCAAACCGUAACGGUGCCAUUGGAAGUGCCGUACAAUUUCUUUAGCGUGGCCGCUUCGGUGCGAAUAAAGAAGAGCUUUAUUCAGACA